AUGAUCAAGUUGAGGACAGUGACGAAAGAGGAGAUGAAGGUGCGCGAGGGCGUGGCGCUGCGAGUUACUUUGGCGGGCCGGCAGUUGUGGGUCCAAGCGAUGAUCCUGGAUGGGCCGGUGGUGCCGCUCCUGUUGGGCAUGGAUGUGCUGGCGGCGGCAAAUCCUGUCAUCGAUCUGGCGACUCGGACGGUGCGGUUCGAGAGCAUGAAGCCGGUUCGUGUCAGAGGCAAGGGCAGUCUGGGCUCGGGCGUCAUUGGCGUGGUGCAGCAGGACGAGGCUGCGCCCGCGGUGGUUGCAAAAGCGGCGGACGUGCAGAACGAGGCUAAGCCGGCGGUGGCGCAAGUGGCGCGGGACGAGGCUAAGCCGGCGGUGGCGCAAGAGACGGAGGCUCAGGACGAGACUAAGCCGGCGGCGACGACAGAGGCCAAGCCGGCGGCAGCAGCGGAGGAGGCGAAGCCAGUGGUGACGGGGACCAAGCCAGCGCCGGUGGCGAUCCAGCGGGAAGCGUCGGAGGCGAGGUUGCCGUCGUCAGUGGUGGCGUUCCGGCGACGUCGGAAGCGACAGAAACGGCGUAUGUUUGUGCGCUUGGUCGCGGCGGCCGAUGCGCUGGAGGUGGUUCUGCCCGAGGCGUACGCAGAGUUCGCUGAUCGUUUUGAGCCGAGCGGACCCAAGAAGCUGCCCGUGAGCCGACCUGGUUUUGAUGCGGUGAUCCGGAUUGACCCGUCCAAGCAGCUCAGGUGCGACCCGAACCGCAAGUUUGGCCGUGGCAAGGAGGAAGCCCUGAGGAAGUACGUGGAUGACGGCCUGAAGACUGGCAUGAUUGUGGAGUCCGAGUCCGCGUUCUGCUCCCAGCCCAUGUUCGUCAAGAAGGGUGAUGGCUGGCGCGUCUGUAUGGACUCCCGGCGUCUGAAUGAGGCGACGAUCAGGGAUCGGUACCCGUCGCCUGAUGCCUUGCGUUGA